AUACAAAGAUUGCUGACGAAGUAUAGCUAUUUUAUUGCUAAUUUACAAGCCUCACCACUUACCUACAUUUUAACCACUACUUCAAUUAUCUCUAUCAUACUCCUUAUAAGAAACAACCCCAUCUAGGCUUAAUUUCCCUGUAACACAGAUCUUCUUUUGUUAACCUUCAUUUUUCAUCAGAUAUGGGGGAAGAAACGAAUCUUUCAUUAAUUUGUUCUUCUUCAGAUGGAUGCAACUUUGGAAUAUCAAUGAUGCUUGCUUGCAUGGUUUUGUCUUGGAUCUUUAUCCACGUAUGGUACCAAAGGAAGAAGAGAGGUCCAAAAACAUGGCCACUUGUGGGGGCUGCAAUCGAGCAGUUCAUGAACUAUGACAGAAUGCACGACUGGCUUGUCAAUUACCUUUCAGAGUCGAAAACUGUGGUGGUGCCGAUGCCAUUCACUACAUACACUUAUAUUGCCGAUCCUGCAAAUGUGGAACAUGUCCUUAAAACCAACUUUGCAAAUUAUCCAAAGGGUGAAGUGUAUCAUUCAUAUAUGGAAGUGCUGCUAGGAGAUGGAAUUUUCAAUGCAGAUGGUGAGCAUUGGAGGAAACAGAGGAAGACUGCAAGCUUUGAAUUUGCAUCCAGGAACCUAAGGGAUUUCAGCACUCUAGUCUUCAGAGAUUAUAGUCUGAAGCUGUCCAAUAUCCUAAGUCCAGCUUCUUUCCACAACCAAGAAGUAGACAUGCAGGAGUUGUUGAUGAGGAUGACUUUGGACUCUAUAUGCAAGGUGGGAUUUGGUGUAGAAAUUGGAACUCUAGCUCCUAGUCUGCCAGACAAUCGCUUUGCUCAGGCUUUUGACACUGCAAACAUCAUUGUGACACUUCGUUUCAUUGAUCCACUGUGGAAAAUAAAGAAAUUUCUGAAUGUGGGCUCAGAAGCUUUACUUGAUAAGAGCAUUAAAAUCAUCGAUGAUUUCACCUACUCGGUUAUUCGAAGAAGGAAAGCUGAAAUAGAAGAAGCUCGAGCGACUGGCGGAAAUAACAAGAUCAAGCAUGAUAUACUGUCAAGAUUUAUCGAGCUGAGUGAAGACUCGGAAAAUUCAACGGACAAAUAUCUCAGAGAUGUUGUCCUGAACUUUGUGAUUGCUGGUCGUGACACAACAGCAACUACUCUCUCAUGGGCUAUAUACAUGAUACUGACACAUGCCGAUGUAGCUAACAAGCUCUACUCGGAGCUCAGAACAUUGGAAGAAGAUCAAGCAAAAGAAGAGAAUGUGUCAUUGAUUCAAUAUGAUAUUGAGGACUCUGAAUCAUUUAAUCAGAGGGUAAUGCAAUUUGCAAGCCUCUUGAAUUAUGAUUCGCUGGGAAAGUUAUAUUACCUGCAUGCAGUGAUCACGGAGACGCUUCGGCUAUACCCGGCAGUCCCUCAGGACCCCAAGGGCAUCUUGGAGGAUGAUGUCCUGCCAGACGGGACGAAAGUAAAAGCAGGAGGCAUGGUGACAUAUGUUCCCUACUCAAUGGGUAGAAUGGAGUACAACUGGGGCCCUGAUGCAGCUUCAUUCAAACCUGAAAGAUGGCUCAAAGAUGGAUUCUUCCAAAAUGCAACCCCUUUCAAGUUCACCGCAUUUCAGGCUGGGCCAAGGAUAUGCCUUGGGAAGGACUCUGCAUACCUUCAAAUGAAGAUGGCUCUGGCCAUUUUGUGUAGGUUUUACAAAUUCAGUUUGGUGCCAGGUCAUCCAGUGAAGUACAGGAUGAUGACAAUACUAUCAAUGGCUCAUGGCUUGAAGCUUAGCCUAUCGAGACGUUCCUAAGACUUGCUCUGCCUAUGUCUCUGUCUCAUCAGUAUGUUAUGUAUAUAUAUGACAAAGAUUAUGCGGUUAAAUGUCCAGGCUCACCUCCCAUUUGAUCCAAGUAACGUUAUGUAAUAAUAAGCUUCAAAUAUGAUCAACUCAUUGUCACGCAAA